UACUGUCGUUAUGCACUUUUACGUCACGUGGACGGAAGAGUUUACGUUCGUGUGUUGUGUUUUGGAACUUAUUUCUUUUAGACUCUUCAGUGCGGUGAUCUGUAACAAACACACUGACGGUGGCCUCAAAGAUGAGGACUCAGGAGGGGAAACACUUCUUCCUCCUCUUCCUCCUCUUCCUCAUGCUGUCAUCUCUGUGUGACUGUCACCCUCACUUUGCUCUGCCCAAGAAUUCAAGAUCCAAUGAUACUGAAAGAAAAGCUUCCCAUGUAGCAGCAGAGGUAGCCGGCUACACUGAUGUGGCGAAACAGAUCAUUGACCUUGCUGUGUUCGGUGCUGCCCAGAACCGCUCCUACAGACGCCUGGCUGACUUCACUGACACUAUAGGGAACCGUGUCAGUGGCUCACACAAUCUAGAGAUGGCUAUCAAAUACAUGUACACUGCUAUGACGCAGGAUGGGUUGGAUGUCCACCUGGAGCCUGUUAAAAUCCCACACUGGGUGAGAGGGGAGGAGAGUGCACAGAUGAUUGUGCCAAGGGCCAAAAGUUUUGCUAUACUGGGCCUGGGCAGCAGUGUGGGAACACCACCUGAAGGUAUCGAGGCAGAGGUGUUAGUGGUUGAGUCUUUCCUGGAGUUGAGGCGUAGAGCCAGCGAAGCUGUCGGGAAGAUCGUGGUCUUCAACCAGCCGUUUGUCAGCUACGGGUUGACGGUGGUGUACCGAGCUUAUGGAGCCUCAGAGGCAGCUAAAGUGGGAGCUGUGGCCUCGCUAAUUCGAUCUAUCACCCCAUUCUCUAUUAACAGUCCUCACACAGGUUGGCAGGACUACCAGGAUGGAGUAAAGCGCAUCCCUACAGCCUGUAUCACUGUGGAAGAUGCUGAGCUCAUGUGGCGUUUCGCACAGAGGGGGCAGAAGAUCGUGGUCAGACUCAUGAUGGGAGCCAAAACUCUGCCGGAUGCCGACUCCUUCAACACAGUGGCAGAAAUAAAAGGCUGGCAGCACCCCGAGCAGGUUGUUUUACUGAGCGGUCACUUGGACAGUUGGGACGUGGGCCAGGGUGCUAUGGAUGACGGAGGUGGAGCCAUGAUUUCCUGGGAGGCCUUGUCACUCAUCAAGGACUUAGGUUUGCGUCCGAGGAGAACCCUGCGAGCGGUGCUGUGGACGGGUGAAGAGCAGGGUGGAGUUGGAGCUCAACAGUACUAUAAUUUACACAAGGUCAACAUGUCCAACUUUGACCUCGUUAUGGAGUCCGACUUGGGGACAUUCACACCGCUGGGUCUGCAGUUUACUGGCAGCGACGCAGCACGAAAGGUGAUGGAAGAAGUGGUGAAACUGUUGGCUCCCAUUAAUACGACCAAACUGGAGACGCACGGAGAAGGGACAGACAUAUCACCAUGGAUGCAGGCUGGAGUACCAGGUGCUAGCCUCCAUGUGGCAGACAGUCGAUACUUCUGGUUCCACCACAGCGAGGGCGAUACCAUGACCGUUCAGGACCCUCAAGAAAUGAACCUCUGCUCUGCAUUGUGGGCUGUUGUUGCCUAUGUAGUGGCAGACCUGCAGGAUAUGCUGCAGAGGUAACAAGUUAGCACACAUGAGUCUUAGCCUGCAGUGGACAGGCUGAUCACUGUGAUUGUACACCACAUGUGGCUAUCAGUUUGUGUGUGAAGAGAGACAGAGACAAUCAGACACACACACGCUCUUCCAGACAGAAGAGAAGUGCUUCCCCCAGAUUAAGAUGCAACACAGUGUUUUAACUUCAUUGCUGCAGAAGAAGUGACGCCCCAUUUACCCAGGAACAAAAAUAUGAUUUCAGCAGGUUUUUUUCAAAGUCUACGUGGGAGUGAUUAGAAAACGGCAGAGGAGCAGAUUCACGCCUCUGCAAGGUAGACUAUCAAACAAUCUUCACUGUAGCCAAAGCCGUUACAUUGAGGUCUUGAUACUUUACUUUAAAAAAGAGGGUCGCUCUAUCUGAGCCAGUGGCACCAGACUUCUGUGUAAAUAAUUUGAGUUAGAAUAAUGAUGGUGAUAAUUUGGCAUCACCAAGGGUGUAAUUCGUUUUUGAGGCUAUUAGUAGUGUGCAUGCUAACGUUUUGAGCUUCAUCAUCAUGAAAUGCCACAUUUAAAAGAUUUAAUAAAAUUGUAGCUUAUCUGUUAA